AUGAGAAAAUCAUCAAGUACAUUUCUGCUUAAAUCUUCCUUUAUGAGUUAAAGACAAACCAUUCCUGAUAUUAUUUAAAAAAUAGGGUUGAGAUUUGCUACUUAAUAUGAAAAAUAAAGUAUUCCUGACUUUAAUCCAUCUGAUUCAAAUUAACUAGAACUCGUUAGAAUUAAAGAAAAAUAUAAAUGGAAAUGUGAAGAACUCGAUAGAACAAAAUAGUGUAUAGAGUAAGAACAAAGAAAUUUAGAGGAGAGAGCAAAUGUAAGUCUUUGAAAUAUUAAUAGUAAUUAAAAAAGGGGGAAAAAGAGAUUAGAAUACUAACUAAUUAGAUAAUAGAGAAGCUCAAUCAUUUAUAAUUAUAAGAACAACAAUUUAAAGAAAAAGUUAAGGUUUUUGAAGAAAAACUCAAAGUGCGAGAAGAAUAAUUUAUUGUUGUUCAGAAAUAAUUAGAUGAGCAAUAAAAUUAAUUAAAAAUAGAAAAAAGUAAACUAGAAUUACGAGAAAAAAAUCUACAAGAAAAAGAAUACUUAACAGAUUGGAAGUUUAAGGAAGCUGAAUAAUAUCUUGCAAGAUUGAUAUAUUAUAUAUAAAAUACAAAUUAAAAAGAAAGUAAUAAUUUACAUUUAAAUAGAUUAAUAUCAUUAGUAAAUUGAUCAUCUCAAUUUGGGUUUGGAAAAAAUUAUCUAAGAUGAGUAAUCAAUAAAGAAUAUAGAAUAAAACUUAUCAUAGUAGGUCAUUUCAAUUAAAAAGGUAGAAUAAAUGUUGAUUGAUAAAAUAUAAAGUUGUAAAUAAUAGGAAUAGAUUUUUGAUUAAAAAGAUUUAAAUAUUUAGAUUAGUGAAGAUUUAAUAAAUCGGAAAUUAGAAUGGGAUUAUAAAUAAAUUGUUUCUGCUUAAAAUUCGAUAAAAUCAUAAUUUAAUUUCGAAAAUUCAAGAAUGGAAAUUUCUCAUUUUGUGCAUUCUACUCUAUCAUAAAAUAAUUGA